AUGCCGCCACCGCCACCACACUUCAAUGGAAAGGUCAAGGUCGAGCAACAAAUGGGACGCUUCAUUGAAACGUACAGACAUGCGACGGUGAUAAUAUAUGGAACAACUUUUAUCAUUGAGAGCCCUGUAUGUAAACAGGGCAAAACCAUAACACCAGAUUGGAAGGUUUAUUCGCAGACAUAUGAGGAGGAGUCAAGCUGGGUCAUCGACAUACGUGACAAGGAAUUUGGCAUUGACAAGACCAUUGCUAGAUUCAUAUUGUGGUUCAAAUCACCAGAUAUUCAUAGUCGUUUUGGUCAUGUCAUGCACGAUUGUCUCGUUUUAGCUUCAGGUACCCCCAGCGAGCUGCGGGGGUGCUCUCCCUUUGAUUUUGCAGACAUCCAAGAGAACGAAUGGAAUGAGGCCCGUUUGGUGUCGGACCUUGAUGGAGAAGAAUGGGUGAAGCCGGGCUAA